UGCAGCUUUCUGUGGUGAAAUGGAAACAAUGCAACCUGAGACCUCUAGGACCUGUGUGGAGCUCAAAUCCAAACCUCACAGGUUAAUAUGCUGCAGAUCGGACUAUUUGCAUUCACUCCCCCUUCGGGCCAUAUGGUGUUACUACAGAAGAACUGGAGGAAUGGCUGGCGUCUCCCAGAAUAUUCUAACACAGUGGUCUCCAGCCCUGGUCCUGGAGAGCUACAGGGUUCUGCUGGUUUUUGUUUUCACCUUAAAAUCAGCACCCAGUCGAGACCCAAGACACCAGAUGUAUCUGUCACCCUGGGUUUCCCUGAUUGUGGCCGUGUGCAUCUCCAUGGUCUGUAGCCUGAAUGAAUUCCCCAAGAAAAUACAGGUCAGCCAGAAGGGCGCUUCCGUUAAUCUCACCUGUCACACGGACUUCCAGGGUCAGGUGACCUGGGAGCAGAAGGGGAAGACAUUGAAAGAGUCUGAAUAUGUCAGCAUCACUGGGCUAAGGCUCUUCCUACACGACCUGGACACGCCCAAUGCUGGGGAGUACAGCUGCUGGGGGGAGGGGCGCAAGCUGGACCACACCUAUCUGCUCCUGGAAGAGGAAUCCUAUGAUAGUGAUGAGGAGGAGGAGGAUGAGGAAGAUCAGGAAGAAGAAAGAGACUCCCUCUCCUGCUCCACUCGGACGUAUAGCUGUUCCUUCACCUGCCGUUUGUCUGCAUCCGGAUUCACUGCAGCCAGACUGAGCUUCCAUCGUUACGGCCAGCAGCCCACUCAAUGGCAUUAUGCCCCCACUGCACAGGACCAUUUCCAGUUCACCCUGCCCCUCUCCUACUCCCCGUUCGCUGAGGAGAGCGCCGCCCUGGUGGUGACAGCAGAGGCUGCGAACAGAAAUCAGUACCUGAAAAAGACCAUUCAAUUCUACCUGCGUGAUAUUGUCCAGCCCGAUCCGCCCCAGACGGUGACGUGUGAGCGGGAGGGGAACGCACUCAGAGUGACAGUCCAGCCCCCUGUUAGCUGGGCUCAGCCAGUCAGCUACUUCCCCCUGGAGCACGAGAUUGAGUUCAUCAACAAGGACAAUGGCAAGACGGAGCGUGUGACCAGCGGUGUGAUCACGCAGAAGGUCAGCAGGCUUCGCGCUCGGUCCCGGGACCCCCUCACCCCCUCUGCCUGGAGCGAGUGGAGCCCCUGGAAAAAUGUAACCCACUAACCUACAUCUCCCUCCUUCUCCUUCCUCCCUCUCUCUCUCGGUCUCUCACUCUCUCUCUCUCCACUCAAUAUGACAGACACCUUAUUUACACAGAACUGGAUUUACUGAUUACCCGCUGCAGAAGUGGCCAUUUAAAAAAAAAAAAAAAUCUGUGGCAGUAAUCCAGUAAUAAGCAGCUCUAAAUCAUUCCAACUCAACAAACAAUACAGAAAAGCACACGUGAAUCGGGUUAUUUUUUGAAUAUUUAUUUAUUUGUAUAUUUAUUCAAGUGAUAUAAGCUAUCUCACUGGAGGCUGUUUUGACUGAGGCUUACAUAGAUUUAACUGUCCACUAAAUAAUUACACCUGCUUGUAUUACGUUGUUGCUGCUACCAUCAUCACACCCUGUGCAUCAAACUCCAUGGUAUGGCUCAAAUUGUGGAUCACCUGUGGACUGUACCAUGUCAGGGGAUUAGAGGGGGAUGUUGUUUAAUCGAGUUCUAGCCUUUAGCUUGAAUGCAUUUUUACAAUUCUGUGUGUUUUAUCUUCAAUAGAGCCUUAAAAACACAGCACACAUUUUACUUGUGUUAAUUAUGAAAAAACAACAACAUUUUAUUCAUAUUUAUCACUAGUUCAGUUAAUCCUCCACCAUGUGGAGAUAACGGCUGUACUAAUUUGACCACCAUUACCACUGGAAUUAUACUUUUUGGUCGUACUGUGGAAAUUUGAUUAUUGUGAUCCACCCAUUCAACCUAAGUCUUAAAAUGCUAUGAAAGAUAUUGCAUAAGCUAUGAAAACAAGUAACAAUGACUAAUUUCAAGGAUGAAUAGUAAUGAAAUGUGAUGGUUUUGAGUGAACAGUCUCAAACCGCCCUCCAUGCCAUUUGGCCUUGCCUACCCCAUGAGCUCAUAAGCUAAAAGUGUGAGAAUUAAGCUGGCCAUUGUCUUGGUGCCUUAGUGCUGUGGUUCUCAAACUCGGUCCUGGGGGACCACUGUGUAUGCUGGUUUUCAUUCCAACCUCAACUGCAAUCCC